UAGAGCUGAGUGUGCCACCCAGACAGGCCACCAGUCUGACAUGAUUCAGUUGCUGGAUUAUAACCACUGUGCCUUGAAUGCUGGUUAAACCUUUAUUUGCUUCUUUAUCAAUUUCUAAAACAUUUAAUCAGAACAAAAGGACAUUGUAUGCUGAAAAUUGUUGGCUCUUAAGGAUCAACAACCUCACAGAAAAGAAUGACAGGGGCUGUAAAGGUUUUCUUCAUAUGCUGUCUACUUCAAGGUAGCUUAUGCCAACAGUGGGCAGCCUUGAUGCCUCAGACAGUCGAGGGACUAAGUGGAUCCUGUGUGAUGGUCCCCUGCACGUUCAGCUUGCUCUCCGCCUGGGAUAACCACCUGGAUGAUUCAUGUAAAGCCAUUUGGAAGAGAGGCUGGAGUCGAACGCAGGUGUUUGAUUCCAGCCUCACUGGGGAACAUGCAAGCUCAAACAUCCUGCAAGGAAACCUAACGGGGAUCCUGCGUGAGAAGGACUGCACCAUCAUUUUCAACAACCUGCCAUCGGACCAUUACGACAGCUAUUACUUCAGACUGCAGUGUGACAAUGAUCUGAAGUUCAACUUUCCAACGGGCGUCCUUAUCACCACUCGAAAUUCCCUGCACAAACCCACCAUAACUCCAUCCAGGCUGGAGGUAGAAGAAGGGACUCCAGUGAGGUUGAACUGCACGGCAGUAGCUCCCUGUCCCAUUCUCCCUCCAGCACUGACUUGGAAACCUAGUAUUGGUGACAUUGAGGAAAACAUAGAAACUAAAUUCAUGACCUCUGUGUUAAACUUCACCGCUUCUUACCUCCACAACGGACAGAAGUUCUCGUGCGCCGCUCUCUACAACCGUCAAGCUGGCAACAGUGACCUUCUGUAUGAAAAAAGUUUGACCCUCCGUGUUCUUUACCCUCCAAAUAACACAUCAGUCAGCUAUUCUGGUCCUGUAAAAGAGGGUGGCUGGGUGACUCUGACCUGCAACGCCAAUGCAAAUCCAGCUGUGGACAGCUACACCUGGUACAAAGUGGAUGGAGAUCAGGUGACAGCAGUGGGUUCGAAAAACCGACUUUCGACUACGGUCUCAGAAGUGGACAGCAGAUUUUACUGCAAAGUCAGUAACGGAUAUGGAACCCAGAACUCAUCCAUCACUCAGAUAGACGUACAAUUUCCUCCCAAGGAAACCACAGUAAUCAUCGACCCUAAUGAUCCAAUACUGGAGGGCAGCUCUGUUUCUCUGCUCUGUAAGAGCCGUGCCAACCCACCUGUGACCAACUACACCUGGUACAAAGACGACAAAGAGGUUAUGGAGCCUGGAUCGAGCUUGGUUAUGAUCGGUGUAGACCCAAGCCACAGCGGUGACUACCACUGUUCAGCAAAAAGUGAGCUGGGAGAGGACGUUUCAGCGCAGAUUCAGCUGGACAUUCAGUAUCCCCCUCAGAACACAACAGUGUCAGUUGACCCUUCUGGUCCGGUGCUGGAUGGCAGCUCUGUCACUCUGACCUGCUCAAGCAUCGCCAAUCCAGCCGCAAUAAACAUCACCUGGAUCAGAGUGGCUGGAGGACAAAAGGAGGUGAUGGGCUCUGAGAAAGACUUCACCUUCAAUGUGACCAAACUCUCAGAGGAUCAGUAUUACUGUGAAGCUCUGAAUGUCCACGGAGCUGAAUACUCAGAGCCUGCCAGUAUUGAUGUCACAUUUGCUCCAGAGAUCCUUCCUUCUUCCCGCUGCGUCAAGAUUUUAUCCCUGAUCCGAUGUUCCUGCGACAGCCAGGGGAACCCGCGUCCCUCCCUGGUUUGGGAAUUGGCCGGGGAGCCUGUCAAUCACUCUGCUGCCAUCCCGAUCAGGGAAGUUCCCCUGGGGAGCGUGAGCAUGAGGAGCCUCAUCACCCUGUACCAUUUGGAUGAUGACAUGCCCUCUGUAGUCUGCCUCAGCAUCAACUCGCUGGGCUCUGAUAGUUUUGCAUUCAACGUGUCCUCAAGUGAAACUCAGCUAGGCCUCCACACUUUUUCUCUUUUGAUUGGCUCUGCAGUAGGCGCACUGGGGAUGCUGCUGGUAUGUGUCCCGCUGCUGCUUUUGUUUUGCAGGAAAAGGAAAGGCAGUCUUACACCCAACAAGGGAUUGGUGGACUCUUCUGACUUUUUAGCUACUAAUGGGACUCACUCUUCCAAAGUGGAUGUGAUUUACGCCAAUAAAACCAUUAUGGAAGAGGAAGGAGAAGUUAAGGAAGACUCUCUUAACUACGCCAAUGUGGACUUUGCUAAACUCCAGGCCAAAUCAGAGGGUACGCUUGUUGAAGGGGAGAUCAGAGGCCUGGACUCCAAGACGACUGAGUAUACUGAGAUCUGUCUGCACUCCAGAGAAGGCAAUGGAGAGGACGUGAAGGAAGAAGAGACAGUUGCUGACACUCAUGGUCUCAUAGGACAAUGAAAAGUUUAUGGCUCAACUUUGGAGGAAAUUAAACAGGAUUCUGGGCUUCAAACGGCUACAGGACUUUACCAUAUCCAACUUCAGUUUUCCACACUCAGCUGAGCUAAAAAAAUUCUGCAGCACAUUUGUCAAUGUAACAUGUUCUUGUGUGUCUUUACUGAAAAGUGCAUAUAAAAAAAAAUUACAAUAAAAAUGAUUUUGAAUACAUAUACUAGGUACUUCACCACAAUAGACCAUAACAGUAAACAUUCCCUUUAAACUGAUGAACUUUUUUAUAGAUGAAUGCUGUCGCACUUACAUUUAAUAUUUCAAUGCAACGUUUGUCUUACACUUUUGUUAAUUUUAUUGUUUGAAACCUUUGUUCAUAGGGAAAUAAACAGUUACAGUUUGUCACACA